GGGAGCGGCGGGCGGGCGGGCGGGGCGCAGGCCGGCGGCGGGGAGGCGCCCGCGGCGGUGCCCGGGCCGGGCCUGACGCCGCCGCCGCGCCAUGGCGGAGACCAAGAUCAUCUACCACAUGGACGAGGAGGAGACGCCGUACCUGGUGAAGCUGCCCGUGGCGCCCGAGCGCGUCACGCUGGCCGACUUCAAGGGCGUGCUCAGCAACCGGCCGGUGCACGCCUACAAGUUCUUCUUCAAGUCCAUGGACCAGGACUUCGGGGUGGUGAAGGAGGAGAUCUCUGCGGACAAUGCCCGGCUGCCCUGCUUCAAUGGCCGAGUGGUCUCCUGGCUGGUCCUGGCGGAGGGCGCGCACUCGGACUCGGGCUCUCAGGCCACCGACGGCCACGCCGACCUGCCCCCCGCCCUGGAGCGGAUGGGUGGCAUCGGGGACUCCCGGCCCCCAUCGUUCCACCCGAACGUGGCCAGCAGCCGCGAUGGGAUGGACAACGAGACGGGCACCGAGUCCAUGGUCAGCCAUCGGCGGGAGCGAGCCCGACACCGGAACCGGGAGGAGGCCGCCCGGGCCAACGGGCACCCGCGGGGGGACCGGCGCCGGGACCUGGGCCUGCCCCCCGACAGCGCCUCCACCCUGCUGAGCAGUGAGCUCGAGUCCAGCAGCUUCAUCGACACCGAUGAGGACGACAACACGAGCCGGCUGAGCAGCUCCACCGAGCAGAGCACCUCCUCCCGGCUCAUCCGGAAGCACAAGCGGCGGCGGCGGAAGCAGCGCCUCCGGCAGGCGGACCGCGCCUCCUCCUUCAGCAGCAUCACCGACUCCACCAUGUCCCUGAACAUCAUCACCGUCACGCUCAACAUGGAGCGGCACCACUUCCUGGGCAUCAGCAUCGUGGGCCAGAGCAACGACCGGGGCGACGGCGGCAUCUACAUCGGCUCCAUCAUGAAGGGCGGGGCCGUGGCCGCCGACGGCCGCAUCGAGCCGGGGGACAUGCUGCUGCAGGUGAACGACGUCAACUUCGAGAACAUGAGCAACGACGACGCCGUGCGGGUGCUGCGGGAGAUCGUGUCCCAGACGGGGCCCAUCAGCCUCACGGUGGCCAAGUGCUGGGACCCCACCCCCCGGAGCUACUUCACCGUCCCAAGGGCUGACCCUGUCCGGCCCAUCGACCCGGCCGCCUGGCUGUCGCACACGGCGGCGCUGACCGGAGCCCUGCCCCGCUACGGGACCAGCCCCUGCUCCAGCGCCGUCACACGCACCAGCUCCUCCUCACUGACCAGCUCUGUGCCUGGCGCCCCACAGCUGGAGGAGGCGCCGCUGACGGUGAAGAGUGACAUGGGCGCCGUGGUCCGGGCCAUGCAGCUGCCCGACUCGGGGCUGGAGAUCCGUGACCGCAUGUGGCUCAAGAUCACCAUCGCCAACGCCGUCAUCGGCGCAGACGUGGUGGACUGGCUGUACACGCGUGUGGAGGGCUUCAAGGAGCGGCGGGAGGCGCGCAAGUUCGCCAGCGGCAUGCUCAAGCGCGGCUUCCUGCGGCACACGGUGAACAAGGUCACCUUCUCCGAGCAGUGCUACUACGUCUUCGGGGACCUGUGCAGCACUCUCGAGGCCCUGAACCUCAACAGCGGCUCCAGCGGGGCCUCCGACCAGGACACGCUGGCCCCGCUGCCCCACCCGGCGCCCUGGCCGCUGGCGCAGGGCUACCCCUACCAGUACCCGGGGCCGCCGCCCUGCUUCCCGCCCGCCUACCAGGACCCUGGCUUCAGCUACGGCAGCGGCAGUGCCGGGAGCCAGCAGAGCGAAGGAAGCAAAAGCAGCGGGUCCACGCGGAGCGCGGGCGGGAGCAGCCGGCGGGCCCCGGGCCGCGAGCAGGAGCACCGGAGGCCGGGAGCCGGGGGCAGCGGCAGCGAGUCCAACCACACGGCCCCGAGCAGGGCGGGCGGCGGUGGCUGGUGGGAGCGUCCCGGCAGCCAGCUCAGCCGCGGCGGCAGCCCGCACAGCCAGGCCUCCACCGCCGCCCCGGGGCUCCCCCCGCUGCACCCCCUGACGAAGGCGUACUCGGUGGUGGGCGGGCCGCCGGGGGGGCCCCCCGUCCGGGAGCUGGCCGCCGUCCCCCCCGAGCUGACGGGCAGCCGCCAGUCCUUCCAGAAGGCCAUGGGGAACCCCUGCGAGUUCUUCGUCGACAUCAUGUGACCGAGGACGGGGUGCCCUCCCCCGGGAGGCCUCGCCGUGGGGCUGGGGGUCCUGCUGUCCCCCCUGGAGGCGCUGCCUCUGGAGCUUGUGUGGCCUCGUCUUAGCUGUGGCCGUCGGGGGUCAGGCAGCUGUCCAUGUGCAGCAGGGGCUGUGCUGUGGGGUCUGGGCUAGUCAGCGUGGGGGCAGCCCGUCUGUCCUGGCCAGAGCAGCCCUGGCCAUGCGGACUUGGGGGGCCUCUGCAGGCGGGUCUGACCUGCCCUGUGGCGAGGGCCUCGGGGACCCCGUGUGCCCCCAGCACUGCAGACAGGUCCCUGGCCUGGUCCCCACGGUCACCCCGUGUGCAGGCCCUGUGCUUCUUGCUCAGACUGGGGCGGCCAUGCUGGGCUGGAAGGGAGCCCCCAGACCUCCCUGGCCGCCCGGGUCGGUGUAAUUUAUUUAUUUAUUUCUUGGCCCGUGUCCUGUGGGAGGCGGUGGCCAGGUCAGCCGCGCAGCAGCCGGAGCGGUUUGUGUGUCCCCACGUGGAGGCACAGGGCGUGUCUGAGCGUGGGGGCCGGUGAGGGGGAGACGGGAGGCCUGGCCUGGCCCACGGAUGCCCCGCUGCUGCAGGACGGGUCUGGGGAGAGGGGCCGGCCUGCCCUCCUGCUGUCCUCAGGUGACCGCCCCCCCCCCACGCACACGCCUCCUCCCGGCGAGCUGGCCUGCAGGUGUCUGCAGUGUGGAUACUGCGUCGUGUCUGCGUGUAGAUGCUGUGUCAAGUCACAGGGCGUCGGACAGUGAACGGAGCUGCUUCUGUGUAAAUGCUAUUUUAAACACUAAAAAGCAUUUAAUUUUAUGGGA